GUUUGUGACAGGAGUCCUCAGUCCACUAAAAAAUAAAUAAACGCACACACAGAAACUGUCCCACUGUGUAAUUCUUGAAGACUCCUGUGUCCUUCACUGGAUUUCUCUUCUUCUUCUUCUUCUUCUUCUUAUUCUGUGCGUUGAGGACUGAACCAUGGAGUUGUCGGAUAUCUCUUUCCCUCUUCCUGCGGCUGAUGACUUCUAUGAUGACCCCUGCUUCAACACCAGCGACAUGCACUUCUUCGAGGACCUGGACCCGCGGCUGGUCCAUGUGGGCCUCCUCAAGCCGGACGACUCCUCCUCUUCAUCCUUAUCCUCCCCGUCCUCCUCCUCCUCCUCCCCGUCAUCCCUCCUGCACCUCCACCACCACGCCGAAGCGGAGGACGACGAGCACGUCCGCGCCCCCAGCGGACACCACCAGGCGGGCCGCUGCCUCCUCUGGGCCUGCAAGGCCUGCAAGCGGAAGACCACCAACGCGGACCGGCGGAAGGCGGCCACGAUGCGGGAGCGCCGGCGGCUCGGCAAGGUCAACGACGCCUUCGAGACACUGAAGCGCUGCACGACGGCCAACCCGAACCAGCGGCUGCCCAAGGUGGAGAUCCUGCGCAACGCAAUCAGCUACAUCGAGUCCCUACAGGCGCUGCUGCGCGGCGGCGGUCAAGACGACAGCUUCUACCCGGUGCUUGAGCACUACAGCGGGGACUCAGACGCCUCCAGCCCCCGCUCCAACUGCUCCGACGGCAUGACGGAUUUUAACGGCCCGACCUGUCAGUCAACCAGGAGAGGAAGUUAUGAGAGCAGCGCUUAUUUCUCCCAGACUUCAAACGGUGGUCAGAAGAGCGAGCGGAGCUCAGUGGUUUCCAGCCUGGACUGUCUCUCCAGCAUUGUGGAGCGGAUCUCCACUGAAAACAGCAGCCUGCUGCCAGCUGCCGACGCCCCUGGGUCUCCACCAACUGACCCAACAGCUGAGGCAGCUCAACAGGGACCCGCCCUGGUCCCCUCUCCAACUACCAGCCAGGACCCCAACCUGAUCUACCAAGUCCUAUAGACCCCUCACACCUGGGACAAUUCACAUGCCCUCUCACUGUCCGCUCAUAAACACAUGGACAAACACACACACACGGAACUGAGUCUUCACAACCUGUUUGCAUCAGCUGUUAUGUUUGUUACGAGUUUUCUUACCAUCAUUCUACACCUGUUUUUAUUCUCUGUACUUCCAACAUAAUAGAAUCCGCGUUGAAGUUUUCUCACAAAAUCAAAAGGAGAAUAAAUAAAAAUAUAAAUGCGUGAAAGAAUAAACCAUAAUUUGGCCCAAAUUCAAUAGCAUUAAAUAAUUGAAAAACAUAAUUAAUAGCGCCAAAUGUAAAUGUUCAAAGCUGAUUUAAGUCAAAUAGUCAGAUUUUUUUCCAAAACAAAUAGAAAUAUAAAAUAGAUAUAAAGACAAAGCCAUUGACAUUUUAUAUAAUAAUAUUAUAUAUUAUUAUCUUUAAUAUUUCCCUGGCAAGAAAAAUCUUCCAUAGCAUAUUUGACCCUCAGAUUCCUUUUCCUGCUGAUAAUGUCAGUGGUCUAGAUUGUAGAUCAAACCACUUGAAUGCUGGAAUUAUUAUUAUUGCAAACGUUUCUUUGAAUAGGUUUAUGACUACAAAUCAUUUCAGUUCUUGCUGUAUUGUUCUUCUUAUUAUUAUUAUUUUUAAAUGUUAGCGUUAAGUUAUGAUAAAGUAUUUUAAGGCUUAGCUGAGUCGUUUCAGAUGGAUUUUUCUCUUUCUGUGUGUAGCUUAUGUGAAGAAGGACGGAGGCCAAAAACCAUCCAUUUACAUUCCUCCACAUUCGUCCAUCUGAUGUUUUAAAAGCCCCAGCUGUUCGAUCCCUCAGGAAAACCAAAACAAAACACAAUUCUAUGAUUUAGUAAACAAAAGAUAAUUACCAGAUAUGCAAAAAUCAAACACUUAAAUCCCACAUAUUAGAUUUGUGGGGAUUAUUUCAGUGUUUGUUUGUUUGUUUUUAACCCACCAGGGAUAAAAUAAUCAAGCUGAAUCAAUUUUCAUUUGUCAUGUUUCAUUCACUGCAGCAGAGGACCAUUUUUCUGUUUCUGUACAUAUUAUGUAAAUAAGAGCUGAUUUGUUUCCAACAAAAAGUAUUAAUUAUGUAUUUAAUGUUUUUGUCAGUAUGUGCUUUUGUUUGUUGUGAAAAAUGUUUAAACUUUAUAUUUAUACACCUGAAAACUGAGUGACAGUCUAAUGAUAAAUAAAUGAAACUGCUUAUUUAUA